AUGCCAUCUCCUCGAACAACAGAACGUAGAGAUUCACGCGAAUAUAGUAGAUAUGAAAGAUAUGAGAGACAUCCGAGGUCUCCUCGGAGACAUCGCGCCAGAUCACGGUCCCCUCCCAUGAGACGAGAAAGAUCUCGUAGGAAUUCAAUUGAAGAAACAAGCAAUCGGCGACGCUCUUCACGAAACUCAAAAUCUCCUAGACAUCGCGCCAGAUCACGUUCCCCUUCCAGGAGGCAAGGAAGAUCCCGUAGGGAUUCAAUUGAAGAAACAAACAACAGGAGACACAGUUCACGGAGGUCAAGUUCUCUAGCUCGCCGAUCUCGUUCACCAUCAAGUACAAAAAGUGAUAAAGGCACUCAAAAACCAAAUUUCGGACUUUCGGGAAAACUUGCUGCAGAAACAAAUACUUUCAACGGAGUCGUGUUAAAAUACCAUGAACCUCCAGAAGCUAGAAAACCGGCGGAAAAGUGGAGACUCUACGUUUUUAAAGGGGAUGAGCAAGUAGAUUUACUCCACAUCCAUCGUCAGAGUGCCUACUUAUUAGGUCGCGAUAGACUUGUUGCAGAUAUUCCCAUUGAUCACCCUUCUUGUUCGAAACAACAUGCAGUGUUACAAUACCGACAAAUGACCGAGAAAGAUGAAUAUGGACAAUUUCACUCGACGGUGAAGCCAUAUAUUAUAGAUCUUGAAUCGAGUAAUGGGACUUAUGUCAAUAGUGCACGCAUUCCCACGACUCGUUAUUUUGAGUUAAAAUUAAAAGAUGUCAUAAAGUUUGGAUUUAGUACACGGGAAUAUGUAUUGAUGCAUGAGGAAGUGAACGAAGGAGAUGAAGAUGAAACUUGA